AUGAGUGUGAGGCUUGGCUGGAUGGUCUGUGUACUCUGCCUAGCCACCACUGCCAGUGGAUUAACCCAGAAAAAGCUGAAGGAGGCUUUGCUGGAGAAACUGGGGCUUUCUGAGGUUCCAAAACUUCAGAAGAGAGACCUAGUGAAUCUAGUUAUCCCAGAUCACAUAAGGAACAAAUACAUCUCCAUGUUGAGGCGCCACAGAGUGAAGAGAAGAGCCUUGCCAAGUUUGGCUGGCAUCCUGAGAGGAAUCCCGGGCAAUGCAGAUAUUGCAGGAGAAGUUCUCUAUUCUGAUACCACACGCCAGAAUCUGGUCUUUGACAUGGAAGGGAGAAUACCUGAAAACAGUGAAGUGACCAUGGCUGAACUAAAACUUUUCAAAAAGCCCCUGAACAGAACGAACAUGCCUACAACCAAGCAACCUCACAGGCCAGUCACUAACGCCAGAGUCAGCGUGUACUGGGUGCAGAUCCAAGUCGAUGGCACCAACAGGACUUCCCUGAUUGAUUCCAGGUUGGUUCCAAUAAUGGAAUCUGGUUGGAGGAAUUUUGACGUGACCCAGGCUGUACAUUACUGGCUAAAAGCUAAGAAGCCGGGACCAAUGCUCCUGGAGAUUUGGAUUGAAGGAGAAAGGCUAGGCAGCUAUGCCUCGGAAAUGGCCAAAGUCGUGAGGUUUACCUCUCAGGAUCCUUUGGAUAAAGCCCUGGGCAAACCUGAGUUGGUGCUUUAUACCCUCAACCUGGAAGAAUAUGGGGGGCCUGGAGACUGCAAGGAGGAAAGCACGACGAAGAAACCCAUCUGCUGCCGGCAGGAACACUACAUCAACUUCCGAGAACUGACCUGGACUCAGUACUGGAUUAUUGAGCCUGCGGGGUACCAGGCCUACCUCUGCAUGGGGGGCUGUGUGCAGGCCAAGAGCCACUUGCGCCGCUUUGGCUAUGGAGAAAGAACCUGUGCCGUGGUGGAGAGCUCCCCACUUCCCAUGAUGUACCUCGUCAAGAAGGGAAACUACACGGAAAUUGAAGUGGCUGAAUUUCCUAACAUGAUCGUAGAAAAAUGUGGCUGCAUUAUGGACAACAUAGCAGUGGUGUAAAAUAAGGACACAUGGUGCGGGGCCUGGCUGCUCUUCAAGGGGGAGGGGACCUUCAGGAGUCCUUUCCUCCCUUACAUUCCACAGAGGUAGGCACAGUCCCAGAGCUUGCACUCCCUGUGUGCAAGGUGCAGGCAAGUGCUGUCAUCAACCCUAGAUGCUGCAAAAGGGGUCCUAGACAUGGCUCAGCUCCCCUCCCCGCCCCUUCAUGCCAGCUGGUUGUCGGGGCUGGCGCAAAGGACUUUGCAUAUUGCACCCUGAAAAAGGGUUUGGCAGCUGCUUGGAACUGCAUUUGCCCCCGUUGAGGAAUUGUGCCUGCCUGUGUCCUCUGCUGGCCAUGUGACUCUGGUCAUUGCACCCAGUGUGGUGUCCACCACUAAUGCAGCAAUGGCCUAUAAAGACAGUCCGUAUAUACACAUGUAUUUUGCUGCCCUAUGUACUUGAUAAAUAUGAAGCCUGGCUCUCUUCUUACACCGGUGUAACACCAUUGACUUCAGAAUCAGACUCAUAGCGAACGCCUGCAGAGGAAAGCAGAACUAGCAGUGGUGAUUUCCAGCUGAAGAAUUCUUGAACCAAUCAUUCUUAACCAUGUGUUGAAAUCUCAUGCCCAGUAAUUUUGUCUGUGUGUCAGUCCUGACCAUAAAAACAUACUUAUCGUGAAUCACAGACCAGAAGCACUUAAAUGUAAAUACUUUACAACUCAAAGCUGUCUAUUUCUCAUCUUUAUGCCAUAACUUUAGGGUCUGAUCCUUCAAUCCUGAAGUCAAUGGGGAUUCUGGGGGGUAAAGACCGCUCUCAUGAUGAGUAAGGGUUUGCAGGAUCAGGCCCUUAUUUUUUCAAGUUGUAUGUCACAAUCAUUCCAGAGUAGAUUUUUUUC